AUGCCCCCCUCACCUCAACAAGUCCCCAGCACCCGACCACGAGUGACGCCCUCCCGCAUCUUCCUACGUCUCCGCGACCGCCUCGAACUCCUCCUCGAACGCUUCGUCGAAAGAGACGCCACCGCGCAAGCCGAGUUCAUGACAUACAAGGCGCACCGCGACCGGAGGUGGCUCGAGAAGGAUAUGGAUGGGGGACCAGCUGCCGCGGCACUCGCUGCGGUGUCUAACACCACCGAGCCAAGACGUCGCCAGAAGAGUCCAAUCAACCAGGAUAAUCCAACCGUUGCGUAUGCGCUUCCAUUUCGGGACGACAAUGUCCAUGACAUGUUCGACGAGCCAGUCAUUCCGAAGACCAGGGACAAAGACAAGGACAAGGAAAAGGCAAGUGGCCUGAUGCGUACUCUCGAUAAAAGCCAAACCUUGGACGGAAAAGGAGCAGCGCGCCAGAUGAGAGCACCGCCCCAGCCGCGCACCCUCUCCAGGUCAAGCACACUCUCGUCCAUUAUCGACUCGACCUUUCUCGGAGGAGGUCAAAGACGGCGCAGGAGAAGGAAUAGGAGAGGGAGGUCAGACGCCAGGCCUGGAUACUUUGAUCCGGAUUUGUCCCCCACGACGACGCCACCACGCGCGCAGACACAGACAGCAGUGUCGGUGGCUAGAAAUGACGACGAUAGAUUGGAGAUGAACGUUCCUGUUGAGGUGCAGAGGAGAUCGUGGAAUGUUCCUAUCGGUUCUGCGAGGUGA